AUGGCAAAUUUAUUCAAGAGAAAUAAUAAUACAAGUUAUGGUUACACUGUGAUGGAGAAAGAAGACCCAGAAGAAAGAAAUCAUAGAGAAGCACAAUUUUUAAUAUACAAGACAUUAAAGCAAGCUGAUCAACUUAUAGCAAGAAGAUCAUCAAGGUCUUCUAGCUGGUUAAGGCUAAGAAUAAGCAAAUUAAAGCUGAGAAUUGGUAAGAAAUUGUUGAGGUUAAGGAAGACUAUGUUGUCUAACAUGGCUAAGACUAAAAUGGGUGUUUAUAAACAAGUUUUGGGUCAUCUUAAGACCUUAAAACGCUUGUUUCAAGGCGGCAGCAGCCGAGGUGCCACCACCGCAGCCGUUGCCAUCAAUGGCCUUCCUCAACCUUUGUUCAAGGGAAUAUAG